CCGCAGCUGAUGCGCGCCCGGCCGGCCGGAGGCGGGAGCCGGGAGCUGGAGACCCCGAGACCCCGAGACCCCGAGCCGGGCCCUGCGGAGGCCCCAGGAGAGGCGUCUUCCCGGCGGGAAGGGGCCCGGCGCGGGGGCGCCGCGGCCGCGCGGUUUGGGCAGGAGGACGAGGAGGAAGCGGCGCUGCCUGCCGGCGAAGAGGAAGCGCUCCACCCGGGCCCCCGACGGCGCUCGUUUAACCACAUCCGCGCCUCCGCUGGAAACGCUCACAGGCGCCUGUCACCGGUUCCCUCCAUUUUGAAAGGGAAAAAAGGCUCUUCCCCCUUCCCCUCCUCCUAGGAGCUGGAGCCGGAGGAGCCGCGCUCAUGGCGUUCAGCCCGUGGCAGAUCCUGUCCCCCGUGCAGUGGGCGAAAUGGACGUGGUCCGCGGUGCGCGGCGGGGGCGCCGGAGAGGACGAGGCCGGAGGGCCCGAGGGCGACCCCGAGGAGGAGGACUCGCAAGCCGAGACCAAAUCCUUGAGUUUCAGCUCGGAUUCUGAAGGUAAUUUUGAGACUCCCGAAGCAGAAACGCCUAUCAGAUCACCUCUCAAGGAAUCCUGUGAGUCAUCUCUGGGAUUGGCAGGACCCGAGGCCAAAACCCAAGAAUCACAAGAAGCUGAUGAACAGCUGGUCGCAGAAGUGGUUGAAAAAUGUUCAUCUGAGACUUGUUCUAGAGCCUCGGAAAAUGAGGUAUCCCCGCAGGCUGUCGAUUCUUACUCAGUCAAGGAUUUCAAAGAAGAGGUAGAACAUGAUAUUAGCAAAAUUUCGGUGGUGAGGCCAUUUUCAAUAGAAACCAAGAAUUCCACGGAUAUCUCGGUGGCUCUUGGAGCAAAAGCAGCUCAUGGCCGUGUGACCGCAGCCUUAGGGGAUGCUUUGCCCUCCAGCACCCCAGAAGCCCUCCAGGACAAGGCGAUGACCGAAGGCACCAUGGGGGUUGCACUGGAGGCUCCCUCGGAAGCGGAUCUGAAGGCCGGGAGCUCCUGUCCAGAGCCUGUGCCCAGCAGAAGCAAGCUAAGAAAGCCCAAACCUGUCUCUCUGCGAAAGAAAACAGUUGGCGACUUCUCAGAAACCGAGACCGCUAUGGAGGGCACGCCUCUCCCCCGGGCAUCCCAUCCAUUCGGUCCUGAUGACAUGGAUGGGAACACAGAUCCUUCUUUGCUGGGAGGCGCCAGGAUCCAGAAGUCUCCCCCUGACAUUAAGGAGACAUCAGGCACUCCUAGUGACACCAACGACUCAGGGGUUGAGCUGCUGGAGGAGUCGAGGAGCUCACCUCUGAAACUCGAGUUUGAUUUCACAGAAGAUGUGGAAAAUGUCGAGUCCAGGAAAGCCCUCCCAAGGAAACUUGGCAGGAAACUGGGUAACAGACUGACUCCCAAGGUACAGAAGGAUGGCGUCAAUAAGCCCGUAGUCGCCAAAGGUCCAGAGCAGCCCCCAGAGCCAGCCGCAGACAGUGCUGCUCUCUCCCCAGCGCCUUCUAAGCUGGACCCCAGCCAGUGGGACAGCCCCAACUUCAGUCCCUUUGGGGGCCGCUCCACCCUGCAGAACUCCCCCACCCUCUCCUCUAAGGGCUCCUACCACUUUGACCCAGAUAACUUCGACGAAUCCAUGGAUCCCUUUAAACCAACGACAGCUUUAACGAGCAGUGACUUUUGUUCGCUCUCGGGUAAUCAUGUCAGUGAAAUCUUAGAAUCACCCAAGAAGGCAAAGUCGCGUUUAAUAACGAGUGGCUGUAAGGUGAAGAAAUAUGAACCGCAGUCUCUUGCUUUGGAUGAGUGUUCUCAGGAUGAAGGAGCAGUGAUCUCCCAGAUUUCAGACAUUUCUAGUAGGGAUGGCCAUGCUACCGACGAGGAGAAACUGGCAUCCACGUCAUCUGGUCAGAAAUCAACCGGGGCCGAGGUGAAAGGUGAGCCAGAGGAAGACCUGGAGUACUUUGAAUGUUCCAAUGUUCCUGUGUCUACCAUAAAUCAUGCGUUUUCAUCCUCAGAAGCAGGCGUAGAGAAAGAGAUGUGCCAGAAGAUGGAAAAAGAUGGAUCCGCCGUGCCUGGACUGUUGGAGUCCCCCGUGGAGAAGGCCCCUGUGUCGGUGGCCUGUGGAGGUGAGAGCCCGCUGGAUGGCAUCUGCCUCAGUGAAUCAGAUAAGACAGCCGUGCUCACCCUGAUACGAGAAGAGAUAAUCACUAAAGAAAUUGAAGCAAAUGAAUGGAAGAAAAAAUACGAAGAAACUCGACAAGAAGUCUUGGAGAUGAGGAAAAUUGUGGCUGAAUAUGAAAAGACCAUUGCCCAAAUGAUUGAAGAUGAACAGAGGACAAGUAUGACCUCUCAGAAAAGCUUCCAGCAACUGACCAUGGAGAAGGAGCAGGCCCUGGCCGACCUGAACUCUGUGGAAAGGUCUCUUUCUGAUCUCUUCCGGAGAUACGAGAACCUGAAGGGCGUUCUGGAAGGGUUCAAGAAGAAUGAAGAAGCCCUGAAAAAGUGUGCUCAGGAUUACUUAGCCAGAGUUAAACAAGAGGAACAGCGAUAUCAGGCGCUGAAAAUCCACGCGGAAGAGAAACUAGACAAAGCCAAUGAAGAGAUUGCUCAGGUUCGAACAAAAGCAAAGGCUGAGAGCGCAGCUCUCCACGCCGGACUCCGGAAGGAGCAGAUGAGGGUGGAGUCCCUGGAAAGGGCCCUUCAGCAGAAGAACCAAGAAAUCGAAGAACUGACGAAAAUCUGUGAUGAGCUGAUUGCAAAGCUGGGAAAGACUGACUGAGUUCCCCCUGUUAGCUCAGCAGAGCUGCAUCUGGCUGCUUCUCUCGUGACCACAAUUAUCUUGCCUUAUCCAGGAAUAAUUUCCCCUUUGCAGAGAAAAAAAAAACCUUUAAAAAAAAGCACAUGCCUACUGCUACCUGUCCCGCUUUGCUGCCAACGAAACAGCUCUGGAAGGAGCCCUGGAGUGUCGCACAGUCACGGAAGGAGCGGCGUCUGGCUGCCCUGGAGCCUCUCAGUUCUCCAGCAGUGGGUCCACUUAGACAGGCUGCUCAGUCUGGGUUUGUGGUUUCUCUAUCUUUAGUUCGUUUUAGAGUCAUCUUUGCUUUCCCGGGUGCGUUCAAUUUGUGAUUUUGUGUCUACUGUUUGGGAUCAUUUCCUGUCCACUGUGUGUCUGUUUGUGACCUGUUUAUUUAAUCUUUUAAAGUUAAUUUCCAUAUUAGUGGCUUUACUUGAGGAGAUAAUUUGGCUUAUUGUUACUUCCAGUUUAUAAACAAGAAGGGACUCCGAGCGCACAUUUUCACACACUCACACACACGCGUUUACAUAUGCUGCUGUUUUUGCCUUGAAGCGUAGUCAAAUAAGAACUCUCUACAGAAGAGCAUAUUUCCAUAAAUGUAAAACCCUGUUUUGAAAUAGAGUCCUGGCUCAGAAUGCCACUUCAGCAUUGGGAGGGUUGGAGAUGUGAAGCCCCCAGCCCCUUGCCUGUUGUGACUCAUAACCCAGCACUCAGGUUUCACAUCUGGGGAGGAGGUUUUGCUGUGAUGUUUGGUUGCCCUGGGAUCUGAAUGCUCCUCAGCCUUAAUGAGUGGGGCCCUUUGGGGGAGUCUUAAGACCAAAAGUGUCUGCUUCCUGCGUGAACAGCAGCUGGGGAACCCCUCAAAGCUGGGGUUUGGCGGGUCUGUCCUAGAACCAUUUAGUCUCCUCUGCUUCCGUUUGUCGCUACAAAAUUAACAUUUACUCUUUAUUGUCUUUAUUUGAAAUGUGCAAGGGAAAUCUACUUGUAAAAGGUUUAGAUGACCUUCUCUGAUUAAGAGGCAGGUGUAACCCCAUUAGCAAUUAUACAGUGAAGAAACAGUUGGUUUUGGACAAGUGUGAUACAUUGUUCUUCAGAUUUUUUCAAGGCAAAAAAAAUCCUUUCAAACUUAAGAUAGUAGAAUUUUAAACACAAUGGGCAGUAAGAAGCAUGUGAACCACUCCGGAAAUCAGCGCGUUUUGAAUCUUUUUAAAACAAAGAUCAUUUGAAUAGUGGAGGAGGGGCACGCAGGGAGCAGGCUCACACUCACAAAACCAAAUUCCUCAAGCUCUUCCUGGACUCAGUUCAGAGUGGUGGGGCCAUUAACCCUCCACUGGAAAUUUUCCAUGUAAGGUCAGUGAAUUCCCUUCCAUUUGACAGGCAAAACCAAAUCCAUGCAAGUGUUUUAAAGCACUCUUUUGUCUUAAUCUUAACACCUUGAAAGUCUUCACCGUAAUGUGCACUAUAUUCAGUACGUGUAAGUUUUCGUCCCAUUCUCGUAAAACCAUUGCAUGAUCCAGCUUCAGCAGUGAAUCGUGCCUAGUGGAGAACCUCUGUAGAUCUUUGCAAAUGAAUUCUUCCUUAGCAGUGUACUCUUCACAGGGUGCAAUCUUUGGCCCCAGGCAGGUCAAUAAUGUCUUUUAAAGCCAGAAGUCACGUUUUACCAAUAUGCAUUUAUCAUAAUUGGUGCUUGGGCUGUAUUUUAAAGCCUACUGUCUUAACAUUUUGUACAAAAAAGGACAGAAAUGAUUUGUGGUUGAAGAAGUGACUUGACAAUCAUUUGGGCGUUGAAAGCAGUCGCUGUGGUCUCGUGUGAACGCUGUCCUGUAGUCACAGUGUCAGUGGAGGGCCAGUGUCUCCAGCUGGCGGAGCUGAUUUCCUCUUUCAGUCUUCUGCUACGAGGGAAAUUAACUUUGCAUUUUGCAGACAGAAGCAUUGCUAAACCUUUUUGCUGCUGUGUCUUGGUGACAUGUCCGUGUUUUGCAUUGAUCUGUUUUAAGCAUGAAAGGCUUAUAGUGGUCUCCAUUAUAAAUCCAUAAUCUUCUUUAGGCUUCUUGUGUAUGAAAAGAGAAGUAGCUGUGUGUUAAAACAAGUGAUGACAAUCCGUCCCUCGCGCACUGGCGGAAGGGAUCCCUUCAGAACUAGACCCUAGUGAGUGAAGUUGUUGCACAAAGGAUAAGAAAGGGGCCCUGUUAAGUGAUAUUUGCCGCUGGCCUCUCAACCACGCCCGUGACCAGGAAAUGUUCUCCCUUCUUAGUUAAUGGGUGGAUAUUCCCCAACACGAAUAAAAAUGUAGCUUACAGCUGGCAAAUUAAGAGAAUGUACUGGGCGGUAUGAAGUAUGUUUGUUUAUUUCUCUUUAAAAAUAAGCCAAAAAAAACCCCAAACUUUUAGACCUCUGGAGAGUAAGAAUACAGCCCGGAGAUGUGCUUCCCAACAUGUCAGGGCCAAAUUACUUGUUAGCUGGGCAAGAAUAAACCCUGUUAGAGACAUGGCGAGGGAAAUGAGGGGCAGCUGCCGGCCCGGGUGUGGUUGGGGAGUGUUAGCUGAUCUUGUUGAGGCUCUGGAUCCAGAGCCCUGUCUUAAGGUUUUGACUUUGCCAAAGUGUAGAUAGAUAGUCUUUACCUAAAAGUAUUUUAAUUGGAGGGUUUAAUGUAAGACAGAGCGACCAGUUUGUCACUUGGUUGGCUGGUCAGUUACUGUCAGACCUCUGGAGAUUUACUUUAUUUGGAGAAGCUCCUGGGAGCUGGUGACCUGCCCAAACCUUUUGUUCUGUAAAACUGUUCUGGAAAUAUUGAGAAGCCCAGUUUUCUCACGUGAUCUCUAGCUUCUUCAGACCCGGCCCAAAUUAGGAAGUGCAGACCACAUGGUGGUGAGAAACUCUGAGGAUCUGGCAGCCUUCCAGAAUGAUAUGGGGUCAAAGGGAGGUUUACAGUUCGCUCGGGAGGACAGCUCAAGUCGAAUUUCUUUUCCAGCCAGUUACCCUUUGUACCUGUGCCGCACUGUGCAGCUCUCACAAAUGCUUAGAUACUUGUUGAACAGCCCUGAAUCCAUCCUGUUAUAAUGGGGAGUAUAGACGGCCUCGAAUAUUCCUGGGCUGCCUGCAAGCACUCAGAGGGGAGCACUCACUCAAACCCCGUAACAAGGGGCUCUGUGGUGGCUCUCACGCGCAAAGGGGAGUUUUUAAAGGGCGAGCGCUGGAGAGUCAUGUACACUAGUUGGAAGUGAUUCAGCACAUCCCUUUUUAGUGGAGUGAAAGCUCUGAGGCUCCCUUUUUAUGUCCUUUUGGUCUCUCACUACCAUUGGUAGCCAUCUCAUGAACUGGACCCCACUGCUGCCUCUGUAGCUUUGCAACCAUGCAAGCUUGCUCUCGGACUUGGGUUUCUUACUUUAUCCUCUUGUUGGGAAGAGAGAAACUAGGUGUUGAAAGAGUCAGUGACUGGGGCAAAGGAUUUUAAAGUAAAGAUGUAUAUAUUCUGAAGAACUUAGAAGAUAGCAGAUUAUUAUUUGCUUAUUAAAGAACAAAUAUAGUCUGGGAACCCCAGAAGGUCAAGCCAAAGGUCUAAGAAGUCAUCUUCUUAAAGGAUUUUAUUAAAGAACUAUUUUGGGGAGACAUCUGUUCAAAAAGACUUUGCCUCCAGAUUCUUGUGAUUUUAAAAAAGCAAUUUAUUGCUCAAACCUUGAGUCUCCCAACUUGAUAUAAUAGACACUUCUCUCUAAGAAUCUCCUCUGGAAAAUAAUGUAAAUGACAGCAUUUCCAGCGAGGACCCAUUCCUUAGUGCCCAGAGCUAGCCGUUCUGGAGACUAAAGAUUGCACUUUUCGUAGUUCUUUUUGUCCAAAUGCAAUCCCAUUUCUGUGCCUCUUAGCAUGCAGUUAGAUUUGGACAAACGAGAUUCCUAAGGAAUGACUUUAUUAACUAUAAUAUGGUUACAGCUAUUACACAUAUAUAUAUAUUUUUCGGGUUGUAGUUCUAACGUGGAGGCGUGGCGCUGGCCUGUGGCGGUCUGCAUAACGCUUUAACUCAUUUGCAGGAGGCCAGGCGUGGAGCUGAGUGGAGCUUAAACCUUCCCUGUGUCGAUUCUUCACUUUAGAACUGUAAAGAUGCCACUUUCUCCUCCUCUGCCUUUUAGUGGUAUCUAAAAUAAAUUCCAAAAAGUAUCUCCUAGUCACAUGGUUAACCGACAUUCUGUGUUUAUGAAUAACUUUCAAGUGGACCUAUGAAAACUUGAACUCUGGAAGCGCCGCCUGUGCAGACACAGGGCAGCCUGUGGGUUCCGCCCGCACAGCUCCAGGCGUGGGCCUUCUCCCCCAGUGCCGCGGGAUCCAGGCAUUUUCAAAUCUCAGAGGCAGCGGUAAACUUUUCUGUGUUGCUGUUACAAGUGUGUGUUUGCCAGUAGAUCCCAUUCGUACUAAUGUGCCAACAAGUGAACGCUAAUUGCACAUCUGCUUCCACUGUGUCCCCACGGGUGCCAUGAAGUGUGUGAGGAGCCUCUUGCCUGGAGGAGUGGACGCUGCGUUGACUACUGCUGUCAGGAUUGUGUUGUGUGGAAUAAUCAUCUGCAUAAAUUUUAUAUGCACAGUAAUUUCCCUUUUAUAUGUCAGGUAAAUAUUUGUAAAAGUUAUACUCACACAAAUGAAAUUAUUAUAAUGAUUACUAAUAUAUUUUUUCCAUGUUUCAUUGCCUGAAUAAACACUGUUUACCACUGUUCUA